AUGAAAAUAAAUAAGACUACAGAGAAAAAAAGUGAAGAGAUAUAUAAAGAUAAUAAAGUAGAAAACGAAAUAGAUAAAAAAGAAAAUAAAAAUAGUUACAAUAAUAAUAAAAUUAUAAAUUAUAAUGAUAUAAAUAAUGAAGGUAUAAACUAUGAGUAUACAAAUGAAAAAAAUAGUAAUUAUAUAGAAAAUACAAAAGAUUAUUUGAUAAAUAAUAAAUGUAUGCACAAUGAAAAUAAAAAUUAUAGUGAAAAUAUGAAACAAAGAAACUCUUUAUUUGACUCUCUUGAUCAAUCUAAACCACUGAUAGUUUAUGAUAACUUGGAAGAAAGUUUAAGAGAAAAUGAUAAAAACUACUCUAAUGAAAAUAAAAGAAUUAUAAAUGAAAAAUGGGAAUAUAUAAAUGAAGAAAAAAAAGAUACAAAUGCAGAAAAAAAUUUGAAUAUUAUAUUAGAUGAUCCAAUAAAUUAUUCAGAGGAUAAAAUGAUGAUGAAUAAUAAUAGUAUUUCAUAUUACGAACAAACAUUGCAAGAAGAAAAUGAAGUAAGUGAUAUUUCAACUGAUGAAAUUCUAAGUGAUUUAGACACGGAAAGUGAAGAAGAAAGCAUAGUCGAAGAAAUAAGAGAAAAUAAUGAAAGUAUUUACGGAAAUUUCAAUAAUGAUAAAAUAUGUAUAUUAUCUUCAGAUAUUAAGAGAAAAGAAAAAUUAUUAGAAGAAGAAAAUAAGAGUAUAUGGAAUUUAAAGAAUAGAUUUUCUAAAAUUGAAAAAUUUAUUAAGAUAAGAAAAAAAAAAAUAAAAUGCAUGAAAACAAGUAUUGAUGAAAAAACUGAGAUGGAAAUAGAGGAGGCGGAAAUAUGUAAGAAUACUGAAAUUAAGAAUAAUUUUUUAAAAAAAGAAAAUAAGAAGUUAAAACUAGAGAGAGAAAAAAAUAAUGAAAAAAUAAUUAAAACUCAAAAUGAUUUAGCAAAAUGUGAAACUGAUAUAGAAGAAAUAAAAAAAAAGUUAAUAUAUAAAGAAAAAGAAUUAAAUGAAUGGAUUCAAAGAAUUAAUAAAAUACAAGAAGAGGAAUAUGAAAUAGAAAAAUUUCAAUUGUCAAAAGAUAAAGAAAUAGGAAAAUUAUCUCUUAAUCUUGAGAAAUUAAAUGAACAAAAAUUAGAAUGUGAAAAAAAUUUAAAUAUCUUUAAAACAAAAAAUAUGAAAUUAAAUAUUGAGUUAAAAGCUUUAACUAGUGAAAUACAAGAAACGGAAAAAGAAAAAAAUGAUUUAUUUCAAAAAUGGAGAUGUAUACUGGAUUCUAUAAAUAGCAGAGAUCAAACAAUAUUUAAAUUUGAGGAAGAUUUCAGAAAAUAUUUAAAUAAAGAACAAAAAUUUAAAGAGAAAUCUGAAAAAAUAUAUUCAAAUAUAAAUGUACAAAAAAGUAAAAACAAUGAAUUAAAUGAUAAAAUAAAAGUAUCUCAGUUAAAUUUAAAUAAAUUAAGGAAGGAAAUUUCUGAAGUAAACUGUAUUUCAAAUAAAAUAUCUAUCGAAAGGGAUAACCUAAACAAAGAUUAUGAGUGUGAAAAAUAUAACUUUAAAGAAAAGUACGAAGAAAAAAAAAAUUUAGAAGUUUAUCUAACUGAAUUGCAAAAGAAUUAUGAGAGACUUCUAAUAAAUCGUGAUGAAUCAAAGAAAGAGUUCGCUAAGGAAGAGUUAAAGAAUACUGAAAAAAGUGAAUUAAUGAAAUCAAGUGAAAACAUAUUAAACGAAUUGCAAAAUAAAUUAAAUAAUUUAAUUUCGGAAAUAAAAUCACUGGAUGAAGAAAAAUUUCGCUUAUCAGAGGCUUUGCAAAAAAGCAAAAAUGAUUAUUCAAUAUUAGAAUCGGAUGUUUUUGGUACACAGAUAAAAAUUAAACAAAUUAAAAAUAAUAUAAAAAAGAUUGAACAAGAACUAGAAAGACAAAAAGAAAUUUUAUAUAAAUUUGAUUUCCAAACACAAGUUUUAACAAAGAAACUCAAUGUUGUAUCAGGAAUAAGUACUUUUGAAAAAAAAAAAGAAAAUCAAAAAAAAAUUAGCACAUUAGAAAAAGAAUUAUCACAGCAUGAAGAUAUCUUUAAUACACUGAAUAAUGAAAUUAAAAGCAUUAACGUAGAAUUAAAGAAUAUAAAAAUUUAUCAGAAUAACUUAAAAGAAGAAAAAAUUAAUAUUCUAAAUUUAUCUGAAAAAUUAAAAUUAGAAAUUAAAUCUUUAGAAAACACUCUAAAUAAUGAAAAUAAAGAAAAAGAAAACAUUAUGUUAAUUGAAUUAAAUUUAAAAAUAGAACUAGAUAAGCUAAAAGCAAUGUUUUCUAAGCAUUUAGAUAAUUUGAAUCAUUUAAAAGAAAAAAAAAAAGAAAGUUUUAAAAAUGCCAAAUUAAAUGAUCAAGACAUUAAUGCUAAUAUUGAAUCUUUAAAAAUAAUUAUUAAGAAUAUUAAUGAAGAAAUACAUAAGUUAAAUAUGCAAUUAUUUGAUAAAAAAAAUAAAUGCAAUCAUUUAGAAUCAAAAUUAAGUAGUAUAAUUUCAGUGAAUAGAAAAGAGGAAGAUGAUAACAUUAACGAUGAAAAUCAUAAUAAGUACAUUUAUUAUAAAAUUAAAAUGGAAGAAGAUACAAUAAAACUAAAAGAAGAAAUAAAAAAAAUAGAUAAUCAAAUAUACAAAGAGACAGAGGAAACAAAUAAUUUCCAGAAAACAUUAAAUGAUAUUUUAAAAACAAAUAAAAUUUUCAACGAAAACAUAAAAUGCAUAGAUCCUCAAUAUAAAUCACUUUUAAAAAAAAAAAAUAAAUUAAAUAAAAAAUUGAAUGAAAUAAAUGAAGAAAUAGAAAUUAUAGAAAAAAAUAUUAGUGAUUACAAUAUGAAAAUUAAGAGUGUAGAAAAUGAAUUAAUCUCUAUACAAUUAAAGAGUGAAAAUAUAGAAGAAAACUUAAAAAAUUUAAAGGAGAAUACCAAGAAAAUGGAAAAUACAUUAAAUGAGUUAUAUACUAAAAUUGAAAGAGCUUCUAAUCAAUUGAGAAAUGCUAUAAAUAUUAAGGAGAAAUCAUUAAAAUCAAGCAGCAAAAAUGAAAAUAUAUGUGAAAUAGAUAAUAAUCUUACUGAGAAGGUUUCUCCGGAAAAAAAAAUUUUUAAAUAUAUUCAAAUGGAAUCACUAAAAGAAAAAUUAUCCUUUCUUUUUGAUUGUUUUAAAGAUGAAGAAAAUAAUACAUUUAUGAAGGAAAUAUAUAGUGUUAUAAAAACAAUUGAAUAA